UCUCUGGUUCCUAUAAAGGCAUGCAGCUAGUUCACAGCUUCUGGUGGCAAGCAAGGCUGCUUUUUGACUCAAAAGCCUUAGAGUUUUCUGUAGCUAGGUGAACAGUCUCGACAGCCUGAAUGACUAGCCUGGGAAGUGCCUGGGACCACCAUCUGCAACCCACCCCAUUCCAGCCAUUUGCAUUUAACAGGUACGUGGUGAGUGCUAGGAAGUGUCUGUGAAAAAAGUUGCACUCCAGGUACCUUCAUGCUUUCCUUUUUAUUUGCUAGAACUGCCCAAAGUUAACUUUUGGCAUGUAUAUGGCGCCAGACUGACUCAGAGACUUUUCUGCAUUAUCUCCUGCAUCUCCAUUCCCUGUAUUAAUCCCUGUUUAACUGAAAUGGUGGGUGGCAUGGUACUUCCAAGCAAACCAAUCUUUGUAAGGCUCUGUACCCUAUGCUGUGUAAUUAUGGUUUCAAAGCAAUGAAUUGUACUCAGUGUUAAAUAUAGCUAUCAAUUUCUUUAAAAAAACCUGCUACAUUCUGGCUGUCUGGGACCAGAAACUGUCCUUCAUGAAGAAAUAAAUCUGAGAUCUGUUUAAGGUACUGUUGGCAAGCGUGACACAAGAAGCGAGGUGAAUGAGAAGUAACUUCUAGUAAGUAAAUCUUCCAGGAAAAAAAAACCAACCAAAACAACCAACUAACCCUAGUUUUCAUCAAGAACUGGAGAAGUGAAUCAUGAAACUGCAGGUGUGCUUUUUAAAAACUAUCUGUGCACUGCUGUGUUUUCCCUCUGGAGCUGCAGGCAUAGAUUCAUUGCAGUCCAUCUGUGUCCUUUUGUGGGACUUGCCUCCUGGAAUUUGACCCUGAAAUGAGCUUGCAGCACUCGGUAAGUACUACGCUUAAAAAACAAUAAAAACUCAACAACUACAAUAGUAACACUUUUAUCUUGAUUACGACGGGGAAACAGAAUAUUGCUUCUGGCAACCCCUCAAAAAAAGACUGGUUUCUUGGUGGAAAAGCAGGAAUUGUAGAAUGAGAUUUGUAAGAUCUCAGGAUUGAAAAUGUUUCCAUUGAUGGUCAAAUAAAACCAAGACCAACAGCAAUAAUUCUGUCCAACCAAAUUGCAGUUGGAAACGCUGUUCAAAGAUGAAGUCACAGGCACUGGGAUCAUCUUUGACUGUUGAACAAGGUAAGAGAUACUUAUCAAUGGUUCAGAAAAGGAGGAAUGUUGAGGAUAGGUUUAUACUAAUGGACAGAGCAAGAUAAUGAAGUGUUAGAUUAAUUUGGUUGACCUCGCUUCCUGAUUUUUCUGUUCCAAGUACUUUACAAUACUACGUGACGGAGAGGUGACGGUAUGACAAGCUAUGGUGGGCUGAAUUUGCUCCGCUGGAAGGCUGAACAGCCUCAGACAUUGCUUGUUCUUGGGAGACGGUUCGCCAGAGAACUCUUCAGGGGCAAAAGCGAAAAGUCAGUGGUGAAAUGCUUGGCAACAGCACCCACAGAAACUGAAAAAGUUAAAAGCUUUUGUCUAACCUAAUUGUCUCAGCUAAACUGAUGGAGAAUUUUGUUGGUGAAUCCCAUCAAAUGCUAUGAAGUCAGUUGCUAUAGGUCCACUCACAGGAGACAAUUUAUAAUCUUGGUGUUAAGCUGUGUGAGCUUGGGGAUAAGGAGUGUCUACCAUCAUGUGGCUCUUCAUUAGAGGCAUUUUCAUUAAAGCAUACCUUUAUUUUGCAUAUUUAAUUAGAUUAGUGUAUUUAGCUUUUUGAAUAAAUUGCAUUUGAAAAACAAAUUAUUUAGAACAGUAUGCGUGCCGUAGCAGAAUUUUAGUGACCAUUACCUUGUAGAGAACUAAGAUUCAGCCAAUCACAUUUGCUAUAGGAAAGCACAUGUCCUUUUUUUUUUUUUUUUUUUUUUUUCAGAAAUACAAAUUGUCAGAAAGCUAUCUUUUUAGUUUUAGAGAUACGGAUGUGACCUUGGCGUGUUACGGCACUAGGAUUAUACUUUCCUUUUUUCUCUCAGCAAGAAUAUACUUUUCCUGAGUGCUUUUGAGCAGAUACCAUUUGGCUACAGGAAAUGAAGAGCCAUGCAUCUUCUGAUGCAAGGUAUUACUGUAGAGGCUUUAGUCAAAUCAAAGGAGGAGUUAAUUUUCCAAGGUUAUUUGGAAAUCUAUUUCAAGAGUUGUUUUGCUUGUUUUAAGAAACUUCAAAUGCUGGUUGUGCUUUUAGUGACACCUUUUGCUGUCAUAAGUGUAGGAGACUUUCAGAUGUUGUGUAUCUAAGUUUCACUACUGAAAUCACUGUUCAAUUUGAAAUCGAUAGCUUGAGCUAAUAUUAAUAAACAUUUAAAUAUUUAAAGUGUUUUGUCACACAGAAGCUGACAUAGCCAUACCAUAGAAAAUUUUGACAGAUUCAAAGCGGCUAGGUUUUAUACUGUUCAUGUUCUGAGUAUCUUUGAGAACUUCACUGAUGAAAAAACCAGCAAUUCCAUAAAUCUGAAAACUUUUAAUUUGCUUUCAUACUCUUACUGAAACACGUGUAUUCUGAGAGAUUUCUCUAAAAGUAUUAGUUGUCAUGCAUUCUUGAGGUAAGUUAGCUUUUGGUUUUGUGUUUAUAGUAUUUCUAAUCUUGAUUCAGUUGCAUUUUUGCAGGGUAAUUAUAGCAAAACCAUUCAUGACAUUGAAAGCACCAGUCUGCAGAGGAUUAAAAAAAAAAAAGGCAGGUCUGUGGUGUUGAAUCUCAGAUCAUAACAAAGGUACCCAAGCUAGCCUCUAAAGUUGCUCUGUCUACCUAGCAAUGCCAAAUAGGACUUCGAAACAGUUUAUGGGCACCAGUGCAGUGUUGUUCCUGUGCCUCAUAUCAUUGGGACUGUUCAAGUUACAGCUGCGGUGUGGCGUGCUGUGCUCAGUGCUGCUGCCAGUAUUGUAGUUAGCUGGGCAGAGCCAGCCUGGGUGAGCAGUGCCGAUUUGAUAGAUCCAAAAUGUCUGAUUCUAAGAAAACUGUUUGCAGGUGUUAGAUGAGCUCAGUAGUUUCACUUGAAGUGUAAUUUAGUAGUUCUGUGGGGAAAAACCCAAGGAAAAUAUCUUGCUUUGAAAAUAAUCAACUGGAAUCUGUUAGAUCUGUUGGAAGACAUCUGUUAGAUGUAGGAAGAGCCUAAAAGCAAAGGUGGUUUUACUGGAGUCCUGUGAGUGUCCUGUGUGUAAUAUCAGGAAUUAUCAGUUAUCUUAAUUGCUGGGAGUUCAGCAGAGCAGCGAGAAGAGAGGAGACAGAGCUGUAUACCUAAGGAGCUCUGUGCAAAUGCUCUGCAGGCUAUCAUCUGGGAAGCUCUGGGAAUCCAGCUUUGAAAUAUUUAUGCAAAACCACUACCAAAAAUCGUCACUUCAGACAAAUCGACACUUUGCUUAGCUUGAUCUGAACGCAGUAACCAGCAAGUCCUGAGUAAUGCCAUCCAGGAGACGGCACUGAUGGGGUAUUUCUAGUGGUCUGAAUGCAGUCUGCCAUUGCAGGGUGGCUUCUGUACACGUUUCUGCGAUGAGCUGACCCUGGGCAGGAGGGUAGCAGAGAGUGCUGCCCUUCCUGCAGUUCUUCUUAUCUGAUCAUCUCUUCACGUAGCUGUACUUAUUUGUUCCUACUGCUCAUGUCAGGUAAUACCUGAGAGAGAUGAAAGAAUCGCAGCUGCCCUGGCUUUAUCUCUGGGGGAAGCACUGCUUCUGGGAUGUGAGGGGCAGUGGUGUAACAGCACAAGAUUUUCUCCUUCAGCGCAGACUCAGGCAGCAGGGCUGUACUUGCUCUGUCACCAGAAUAAACAGUCCUGCAGGAAGGUUGCUUUGGUGUUAUUUGCAUAUGCCUUGGUGUUUCAGUGUGUUUUUAGAUAUAUCUAUUUCUACAAGCAGCAGGCAAAAUGCACUGAGACCUUCCACCAGAGACUAGCAUGCUUCCCCUGAUGUUUUGUGGUCAGCGUGAUCUUUAAAAAGGGCAGAAAUUGAAAGGCCAAUGAAAAAACAUGGUUAAUUAAAUGUGAAAGGUGCUGUCCUUGUUUGGAUUGUCUGUUAAUGGUAUGACAAGCUCUGGUAAAGAGCUUAGCUGGCCAGAUUAAAAUUAAAAAAUUGUCUUAGUCCAUCUGCUAGCUCCAAGGAGUUUACUUCCGUCUCCUUUUCUUGUUUCUUCACUCAAGCGGAAUACUGUCUUUGAAAAGAACACUCCCAGGAUGUCUUGGUUGACUUUUUUUACCUGAUUUUUUUUUUGAAAAAUUAUUAUAUGUGACACCAAGGUAUUUUCAAGAAGGAAAAUGCUCUUGGUUGGUUCAAGGAUACGUUAGAGACAACAGCUCUUUUGUUAAAAGGGAUUUUCUUUUUUUUUUUUUUAAUUGCAUACUGGAUUUUUGGAAAAAAUAAUUAUGUUUGGCUUCAUUUGCAAAGUUUUUCUUUGCCUUCUGUUUUUGGGAAUGAUUAAAGGCUAUCUUCAAAUAGUUGCAGCAGCUGGUUACUCAGCUACAGAAGGAGAACAGGCUGAAGGUGUUUCACCAGCCCCUCAGCUCAGUGACUGGCAGCUGGCAAACCCUUCUCUGCCUCCCGAGUUGAAAAAGCUUAAUGGCAUCAUGGAGGCUGAACAGUUCAACAAGCGUUUGCUAUUACGAAGGAAGCGGUCCAUUUUGUUUCCCAGUGGAGUUAAGAUCUGUCCUGAUGAAUCUGUUGAGCAGGCUAUUGCCAACCAUCUGAAGUAUUUCAAGCUCAGAGUAUGUCAGGAAACAGUCUGGGAGGUCUUCAAGACAUUCUGGGAUAGACUGCCAGAGCGUGAAGAGUAUCACACCUGGAUGAGCCUGUGUGAGGAAGGCAUGAUGAGUAUCUUUGAAAUGGGCACAAACUUCAGUCAGUCUGAGGAGCACCGAAGUCUGAUUGUGAAGAAACUGUCCUAUACGAAGGAAGCAAUGGACAGCUCCUGCACUGAUUGGUCAUGUGGUAGUGGGACUCCAACUCCAGCUUUGGAUGGUGAUGUUACCACAUUGAGAGAUGCAGCUGCCAAUGUUCCUCCCCCUCAUGAGAUCUCCGUUGAGAGUCCUGCGGGUGGUACCAUCCAUGAGAUCGAAGAUGCAGACACUACUAUCAAUAAUGAGAUCAAGAAGCAGGAUGAGAAGCUAGUGAGACCUGCAGCUGAGCAGAUGGUAGAGUUCAGCAUUCUGAUCGUUGGUGAAAAGUACAGCGAGGAGCUGAGUGAUCCAGCUGCUGCGAAGCAUCAGCUGCUCUCUCAUCAGUUAAUUUCUCAGAUCAGAAGUGUAUUUGAAGGACUACCUGGAUACAAAAGCAUCCAUAUCCUGGAUUACAGACCUCCUGAGGACGGCAGCGGGGUGGAAGUUCGCUAUGCUGUUACGUUUGAUGGAAAAGCCAUCAGCAAUGCCACCUGGGACCUCAUCAACCUUCAUUCCAACAAGGUGGAGGACAACUCCUUUAUGGGCAUAGAGGAUAAUCCAACAGUUGUGUACACUAUUAGUGACUUCCGAGAUUACGUUGCUGAAAUACUUCAGAAAAAUGCCUUGCUUGAAAACACGUCCUUGUCUUUAGACCCUAACUCUCUCCAGCUUACUAAUGUGAAAGAAAUACUACACCCGGCACCAGAAGACCCAUCCUGGAUUACUGAACAUCCAGCUGUGCUGGGGCGCCCGGAGCUUGACGACAGCACCUUUCUAGCUGAACGCCCUUCAGCAGAUGAAUCGACUGUCAGCAAUACCCUGCCCCUGGAUUUCACCAAACCAGAUUCCCCUUCAGACAGCGGCCAGACCAGUGACAAUGAAAUCCAGCCAAGACCAGAAAAUCUGGUCUCUGAGACCAGUUUGGCGCCUGAAGCACCGCUCUCCUUGGAGGCUGAUGUCACUUCUUUGCCUGAUGGGCUGAAUUUAGAGGAUGGGAACCAGAGUCCUCGUUUGGUCACCACACCAGCAUUAGGGCGUGAUUCUGUGGACACCCUGGAAUGGCUUCCAGCCCCCAGCUCUUCAGAUGUGUUUGAAGACACUGGACCAUCUGAAGACCUUUUGCCUUCAAGUCGUCCUCACCUCGUGCCUGAAGAACCUCCAUCUACAGACGACUAUGCAGCUCCCCUGCCUUCUGCACCAACAGUGGCCUCUUCGUCAGUCGCAGAGACUGGUAUUAAAGAAACAGCAUCUGCUGAGAAGGAAGCAGGAGCUCUGGGUAGCCCUGCAGGCAGUAACAGCGCAGGCUCUGCAUUGCCUGAGUCUGUGGAAGAAACUCGUUUUCCCUUGGAAGUACACCCUAUGGAAAACGAAACUGAUAUGUACCUUGGAGUUAUAAAUGACGACGGGUCUGGUUCCACUUCUGAUGGUUCAGGAAAAGAAAUGGAAUCAAAUAUUUGGCCUUGGGAAGAAGCAACGCUAGAACCAGUUUUCUACCCUGGUCCUGACACCUGGGUUGAAGAUGACAAUGAGUCCUUGUUAAUCAGAAGAGAGGAUAUUUCUGAUGGCAUGAUCUUAGACUAUAUUCUUAACUCUAGGAAUAAAUUAGAUGAUGAUCCUUCCAAAGAUGAGAAUGAAGGCACAGCUAAUAUAAAAGAGGAUUUCCUCAACGAGUCUGAAAUAUUUGUCUUUCCAGAGACUACAACUCAGCAGGUGCCUCUGUUACAGACAUCAUCUGUGGAACCGUCUACACAGACAGAAACACUUGGCAUGUACGAGUCUUCUUUUGUUAAACCAUCCUUGGUUCUGGAGCCUUCAGUGGACCAUUCCUUUUUAGACAUGCCAACCGGAGUGACCCCUGGGUCACCACACAGUACACUUGCACUGCCUGUGGAAGACAGUCUCCUUACAUCUACAGGGACCGUCAGAACAGAGCAACCUGAAGAGUCCAGUGUAGGUCAGAACUUCAUUUCUGAAGCAGAUGAACACCAAAGCAAAGACAGGCCAACGACAGAAGAACUAUUCACAGUGGAGCGGGCAGAUGGAACUGAAGCUGCUACAAUAGGCCACUUGGACACAAGCUCUUCAGAAGCUAUUCUGACUGCAGAUCCUUCCACGGUAAACCCUGAUGCUUCCGUGGAAGAGCAGCACACCCUAGAUUCGUCGUUGGCAGGCCGAGAUGUUACUGGGUCAGCAGUGAAGAAACCAGCUAGCGUCUGGCCUACUGCCAGAGCCCUAGAAAACUCACUGGAUCAGACGGCGCCAUCAGCAGCGCCAACUGCCACUCGAGUUUCAACUGCAGUUCCUCCAGUGAUACAUCAGACCACUGCUCUAGGGGGCUUCGCUGGGCAGGGCAGUACGGACCAUGGCACGCACGUUUCCAUGAGUCUCAGCACCAUUAUGAACCCUCACAUAACGGUGAGUGUAACAGGCGCUGCUGAGCUUCCGUCCCAUCUCUCUCCUGUGGGAUCCAUGGCAUCCUCUGCGGCCACAACAAAGCUGGGAGAUGAAGUGACGAGAGCCCUGAAUGUCGCAGCGGAGCUGGACCGUGUGAGCACUGCCCGCGUCUCCCCCGAGCUGACUGAGGAGGGAAGGAGCAUGACAGAGAGUCAUGUGGAGCUCACAACUCGCCUCCAGUCCACAGAGAUGGCCAGCAUGGCUUGGGCCACACACGAAAAUCGUGACAGUACCCCUGUCCCAUCACGAGCUCUAGUUGUGUUUUUCAGCCUUCGGGUUACCAACAUGAUGUUUUCAGAGGACCUGUUCAAUAAAAACUCCCCUGAAUACAAAGCAUUGGAGCAGCGGUUCUUGGAACUGCUGGUGCCCUACCUUCAGUCAAAUCUGACGGGCUUCCAGAACCUGGAGAUCCUGAACUUCAGAAAUGGCAGCAUUGUGGUGAACAGUCGAAUGAAAUUUGCCAAACCUGUGCCUCGGAACGUUACCAAUGCUGUGUACAUGAUCCUGGAAGACUUCUGCAACACUGCAUAUCACACCAUGAACCUGGCCAUCGAUAAAUACUCCCUGGAUGUGGAAUCAGGUGAGCAAGCAGAUCCCUGCAAGUUCCAGGCCUGCAACGAGUUCUCUGAAUGCAUAGUAAAUCGCUGGAGCGGGGAAGCUGAGUGCGUCUGCAAUCCUGGCUACCUGAGCAUCGACGGGCUGCCGUGCAAUAGUAUUUGUGAUCUGCAACCAAACUUCUGCCUGAACGAUGGGAAGUGCGACAUAAGCCCUGGGCAAGGGGCCAUCUGUAGGUGUCGUGUGGGAGAGAACUGGUGGUACAGAGGGGAGCACUGUGAAGAAUACGUGUCUGAGCCACUGGUGGUUGGUAUUGCAAUUGCUUCUGUGGCAGGAUUCCUUCUUGUGGCUUCUGCUGUCAUCUUCUUCUUGGCCAGGACCCUUCGAGACCAGUACACAAAGAGUGACACAGAGGACUCACAGGGGCAGGGUGACAGCCUCUCGUCCAUUGAGAACGCAGUUAAAUACAACCCCAUGUAUGAAAGCGAUACAACUGGCUACAGCCAUUAUUACCGGAGAUACCCUCAGCUAACCUCCUACAGUUCUACCAGUGCAGAGACAUCCACAGACUACAGCAGUGAAGAGAUCAGGCACAUUUAUGAAAACAGUGAGCUUACUAAGGAGGAAAUUCAGGACAGAAUUCGAAUUAUAGAGCUCUACGCUAAAGACCGUCAGUUUGCAGAGUUUGUUAGGCAGCAUCAAGUGAAGCUGCUUUAAGCAAAAAAGAAAUCCGUAGAAUGCAUGUGGGAGAUAAAGACUACCUUGCUGCCAUAGCAAUGGGCUCAGAUGUAACUGCGAAGUUACUUAUAGUCUUAACACUGCAUGGAUGGAUACAGAUGUUUUCUAAAUGAAUGGCUAAAAUGUACAGAUGUCUGUUUAUCUCAAUUACUUCUGGCUUUUCUGUGUCAAGUGACAUUUUUAAGAGGUGAUCACAAGUGGCAAAGGUUAUGAAAGUUCAUUUUUCUUUAACUCUGAAAUGGAUAGUGAAAGUUUGUAUACAAAACCAAAAAAUCUCCUCAGGUAAGAGAAGAAUCAUGCACAACAAAAAUAAAAUGCAUGUUUAAAAUCCA